CGGCCGUUCUUGUGCUCUGCUGCUGCUCGCCCGCCUUGCCGCCGCCUCCCGCUCCGCCAGCAUCGCCGCCGCCAUGAACGGGCAGCUCAAUGGGUUCCACGAGGCUUUCAUCGAGGAAGGCAGCUUCCUCUUCACCUCCGAGUCCGUGGGCGAGGGGCACCCAGAUAAGAUCUGCGACCAGAUCAGUGAUGCUGUCCUGGACGCCCACCUCAAGCAAGACCCUGAUGCUAAAGUUGCCUGCGAAACUGUUGCAAAGACGGGGAUGAUCCUUCUGGCGGGGGAGAUCACUUCCCGAGCUGCUGUUGACUACCAGAAGGUCGUUCGAGACACCAUUAAGCACAUUGGUUACGACGAUUCUUCCAAAGGCUUUGACUACAAGACUUGCAACGUGUUGGUGGCCCUGGAGCAGCAAUCCCCAGACAUCGCCCAGGGUGUCCACCUGGAUCGUAGUGAGGAGGAUAUCGGGGCUGGAGACCAGGGCUUGAUGUUUGGCUACGCCACGGACGAGACGGAGGAGUGCAUGCCCCUCACCAUUGUCCUGGCGCACAAGCUGAACGCCAAGCUGGCCGAGCUGCGGCGCAAUGGCACCCUGCCCUGGCUUCGGCCUGACUCGAAGACGCAGGUGACGGUGCAGUACAUGCAGGACCGUGGGGCUGUGAUCCCCAUCCGUGUGCACACGAUCGUCAUCUCGGUGCAGCACGACGAGGAGGUGUGCCUGGACGAGAUGAGGGACGCGCUGAAGGAGAAGGUGAUCAAGGCCGUCGUGCCGGCCAAGUACCUGGAUGAUGACACCAUUUACCACCUGCAGCCCAGCGGCCGCUUUGUCAUCGGUGGCCCCCAGGGUGACGCCGGCCUCACGGGCCGGAAGAUCAUCGUGGACACAUAUGGGGGCUGGGGUGCCCACGGAGGAGGCGCCUUUUCCGGGAAGGACUACACCAAGGUGGACCGUUCUGCUGCUUACGCUGCACGCUGGGUGGCCAAGUCCCUCAUCAGAGCCGGGCUCUGCCGGAGGGUACUCGUGCAGGUUUCCUAUGCCAUCGGGGUGUCGCACCCCUUGUCCAUCUCCAUCUUCCACUACGGCACGUCCCAGAAGAGCGAGCGGGAACUGCUGGAGAUAGUGAAGAAGAACUUCGACCUCCGCCCCGGGGUCAUCGUCAGGGAUCUGGAUCUGAAGAAGCCCAUUUAUCAGAGGACUGCAGCCUAUGGCCACUUUGGUAGGGACAGUUUCCCCUGGGAAGUUCCCAAAAAGCUAAAAUACUGAAAGUGUUAGGCUUUUUUCCCCACUCCUGUUGGCGUAGGCUACAGAGAAGCUUUCAGGCUCUGGGGGAAAGAGCUCCUCUUCCCGAAGCUCUCCUGUCCUCCUUUCCAGCUCUUACUCACCUCUGUCUGUUGCCAUCAUUUCAGUUGUGUGGGGACCACACGUGGCCUCGUGCCUCUCCCCGCGGCGGCCCCCCCCUCCUCGGGGCAGCGGUGCGCUCGCACCCGGUGCCCCCUGCCUCGCCCCGAAAGGUGCCCUCCUUCUGCCCGCGCGGGCUCCAGCCUCUUCCCCGCGCAUGGUGCUGCCAUCGUCCUGGUGACACGCGCGCGCGCGCCUGACGUUUGUGGUUCCCUCCGGCAUCUGUCCGCCUUUUUAAUCUCGUUGACGUCUGAGCUCUGAGACGGCAAAGCACUCCCAGCCCCGGCUGACCCCCCACCCCCUCCUACGACUGCCGCUUUCCUACGGGAACGCUUUCCUCGUCCCGUAGCCCCCCCGCACCAGCCGGCCCCUUGGCUCGCUGCGCGCCUCUUCCCGCUCGGACCUCGGUGGUGCUCUUUUUGUUCCCAACUCCCAGCUCUCGAGCGGCGCCGGAUUUUAACCUCUCCGCUUCCAGCUCUUUCUCUCUUUCUCUUCUUUUUCUCGGAGGACGUACGUAAUAAGGGGGGGGGGGUUGUUGAAACCCAACCCACCCCCC